UUAGUACCAAUCCGGUUCCCAUCGCGUUGACACGCUUCGCGGAAGCUGGUGCGUUUAUUAUUUUAACUUGUGUGUUUUGCCUGCAGUGAAGUGCGUGCAAUGAUGCAUUAAUUAUCUGUUGGAGGUAAAUCGUACACUUGUUUUGUAAUAUCAAUGUAUAAUAUCGGUGGAGCGUGUUGACGUAUAAUGUUUGUUGCGUGAAGGAAAAAAACUAAGAAAUAAAAACAAGUAGAAAAAAAAUCUUAAAAGUAAUAACAGUAGUGCGGCGCCGUCGUGUUUCAUCUUAUUGUUGUUAAUUUUUUGUUUAUUCUUCGUCUUCUUUCUUCUUUUUAACGUUGUUUGAACCAACGCUAGUUUACCCAGGUGCUGCAGACUGAUUAAUUACAGUUAGGUACACGUAUAACCCAAUAAUCCGAAACUGAUCGGGUGUUGAAGAGAAACGGAAUAAAUAUUGAAAAAUCAAAGGAAAACAUAAACUACUUCAGGGUGAAGUGAUAAAACGUAACAAACGCCUGCGUCAUGUACCGUCCAAAUUUUUACGAAAGCACGUGUCUGCGAUGCGCUCAGACGGUUUACCAGGUGGACAGAGUCGGUCCGUUGAAGGAUUUCACAUUUUUUCACGCCGGUUGUUUCAAGUGCGCGGUAUGCGGUACAAAAUUGACGCUAAAAACGUACUACAACAACCAGCACACCAUAAACGACAAGGAAGUUUACUGCAGCAGUCACGUCCCGAAACCUGGGCCAGGCACCCUCGACGGAUCCAGUGUCGGCAUAAGGAGCGCCCUUAACGUACCACGCAGCGGAUACGUCAAUGAACAAAUACGCGCCGGCGGGCCUUCUCCUCGAGGCGUUUAUCCCCCCGGGUACGACCACGUGGUAGAUUCGCCGUCGAAUCAUCAUUUGCACAACCAUCAUUAUAACCAGGGUAGACAUUUGAACGGUCACGGUUCACCGACGCCGAUAAAUUCCAGCUCGCACAGAUCCGCGGUAGACUCGCAUUACCACAAUAAUUCUGGAAUCAGCGGUGCUGGGACUGGUGGCAAUCACUCGCCCUAUAAUCACAAUAACAAUUACGGCGGUGACGGCUAUCAGUAUGGAAGGUUUGACGCGAGCGCGUUACACAUCGCCCACGCCCUCAAACAGACCGAACUUCAAAAGGGGUACAGCAAGGCGAGGGAGAAACCGAUCGACUACUAUCUGGACCGAGAUGAGCAGACUCGUCUUGAGAUGAAGCAUCGCAAGGAGGAGGAUGAUCUUUACCGUAAAUUCGCCCACCAUCGGGAAGAAGAGGAUCGGCGCAUCCGGGAAGAAUUUCGAGAUGAGUGGGAAAAGGAGUUGGAAAGACUUUCCGCAAGAUGGGAACGCGACAGAAGUGGAGGCGGAGGCGGCGGCGGAGGCAUCGGCGGAGGCGGAGGAGGCGGUGGAGGUGGAGGUAGGGGUCGGAACCACCUUUUUCAGCAGGAAAAAGAAGAUCUUGAAAAGAAUAUGACCCUUAGGAGGGACAAGAAGAAGGAGAGCCUCACGCGCAAAAUGUUGGAGCACGAAAGGGCAGCAACGGCGGCUCUGGUUGAAAAACAAAGCUCCGAGAUGCUCGAGCUGAUAAACGAAGCACGGAGCGAAUACAUGCUCCAAGAGAGCCUCUACCUGGACGAGGGCGACGGUUAUGCCCAAGAGGCACCGCCGCCCCCUUAUCCGUCACGUGCACCGCCCCCGCAACCCCCGACCUUGGCCAAGUAUCACAUAUACAAUGAUCCCCUCGAAUUUGCGGACAUGGACCAAAUCGCAAUAUCGGUCGCCCAGGAGGAUCAGAAAACUUUUACAGACCUUGUCAGACAGCUGGUGAGCCGAUGCGGUUCGGACAUUGAAAAAGCGCGUACAAUAUUCAGGUGGAUAACGGUGAAAAAUUUGAACACGAUGCAGUUCGACGAAAACCUGAGGGGUGACACGCCGAUGGGUUUACUGAGGGGCAUCAAACAUGGAACUGAAAGCUAUCACGUCUUGUUCAAACGAUUGUGCAGUUACGCCGGACUUCACUGCGUCGUGAUAAAGGGAUACAGCAAAUCUGCCGGUUAUCAACCGGGCGUUCGAUUUGAGGAUAACCGAUUCAGAAACAGUUGGAACGCCGUUUACGUUGCGGGAGCGUGGAGAUUCGUGCAGUGCAACUGGGGAGCCCGACACCUUGUCAAUGCUAAGGAAGUUCCUCGCCCUGGACAGACCAAAGCUAAGAGCGACAGUCUCAGGUACGAGUACGACGAUCACUACUUCCUCACUGACCCGCGGGAAUUCAUUUAUGAAUUUUUCCCAUUGCAAGAGGAUUGGCAGCUUUUGAAGCAGCCAAUUUCACUGAAGGAUUUCGAGGAGCUGCCGUUCGUCAGAUCGUUGUUCUUCAGGUACGGCCUAUACUUUCCUGACGCGGAUACGAAGGCGGUGAUGUACACAGAUUCGACGGGAGCCGCAACAGUGAGAAUAGCGAUGCCCGCGCACAUGCAGUCCUCCUUGAUAUUUCACUACAAUUUGAAAUUCUACGACAGUGACGGCGACGGAUACGACGGCAUAUCGUUGAAGCGAUUCGUGAUGCAGUCCGUGGUUGGUAACGUGGUGGCAUUCCGGGUCCACGCACCGUGUUCCGGUGCCUUUUUAUUGGACAUAUUCGCGAACGCAGUUACGCCCAAGGAGUACUUAACCGGAGAGCCGAUGAAAUUCAAGAGCGUUUGCAAGUUCAAAAUCGCCUGCGAGGAGCUCCAAACCGUCAUGGUGCCUCUGCCUGAUUGUGCGAGCGGCGAAUGGGGUCCGACAAAAGCGACGAGGCUCUUCGGCCUUGUGCCAAUCACGCAUCAGGAAGCGCUCGUAUUCGCGGGCCGGGAACUCGAAAUACAAUUCCGGAUGUCGAGGGCGCUCACCGACUUUAUGGCCACUCUGCAUAAAAACGGUAUCGAGGAAAAACGACUUUCUAAAUACGUAUCGCACUCGGUCGCUGACAACGACGUUGUAACAUUCGUCAUCAAUUUCCCCGAGGAGGGACAGUAUGGUCUCGAUAUUUACACGAGGGAACUCGCCUCUUCUCCAUAUCACGAACUCGGUGGAGAAAAACACCUUCUCACUCACUGCUGUAAAUACCUUAUCAAUUCGAGCAAGAGAAACUGAACGCGCUGCUAGAGUGAAAAUAAAAAAACAAUUAGACGAAAAACAUCACGACUUACAGGAAGAUUCCGAUUUCUCUGAAGAUUGAAAUAAGACUUAUGAUUAUCAUUUUUCAUUCUUCAUUUUCUUUCUCAUUCAUUUUUGACACGUAUACGCUAUCAGAUUUACUUAUUAUACAUGUCUACUAUUAUCACGUAGAUGCCGCGAAGACAAAAAUAUUUAAUAUAUACACAAAUAAUUAGAGCACACGCAAUACACGCAAUAUAAGAGUAGCUUUUUUUAUAUAUAAAAUUAUAAUAAUAUUUAUAUUUUUUACACAAAUUACGUUCAUAAAUGAGUACGUAUAAUAUCUAUCAAGAAGAUAGAUAUUCUUUUAUAAAUAUUUUAUACAUCGAUUAUUAUUAACUUUUACGCGUUAACACGUAAUAAUUAUUUAAACAUAUUUAUAAUACACCUAUAUAAAUAUAUACACAUAUAUAUAAUCACGUUGAAGGUGCUAGAUUAUAAUACAUAUAGUAUAUAAUGUACAUAAUAAAGAUUUAAUUUAAUGCUCAGGAUAUAAAGUAUAUAUAAAUAUAUUAUAUGAUCAUGAUAACACGUAUGGUAGAUGUUCGAAUAUAUAAUUAUAAUUAUUAUAUCAUUCCGCAGACCUGUUCCGAAAAGGGUUGAUUCGAAGAAAAGACGACAAUUACGAUACACUCUAGAGAGAUAUUUUUAUAAUUAAAUACGUGCAAUUCAAAAGCGAUGAUGAAAUUUUGAUCCCGGUGCUAAUUAUCGAACAGCGGUGUAUAAUUAAUUUGCAUAUUAUAGCAGCUAAGAUAAAGAACGACUAAUCACAUUCGUUAAUAACAGCGAAUAUAUAAAGAAAUAAAUUGAUAAAUAUAUCAUAGAGUAGAGUAGAACUUGACAAAAAUAAUAAUUUACGUGUAUUUUACGUAGAUAUUUGCAGACUCAGGUGAAUAAUGACACCAUACUAUACAUCUGCUUUAUUAUUUCUAUAUUUGAUAGUAAAAUGUAAAUAACUCUGAAGCGUUGUACUCUGCCACGCACGUAUGCAUAAUGCAAUAUAAAAUUAUAACUCUGCAUAUUUAAUAAAUUGAUCAAAUAUA